AUGACUAAUUGUCAAUUUUGUUCAACGUAUAUAUAAGUUAGAAGAUGACUGUUAUCAUUAUCAGUUACCAACAGUUCGCUAUUACAGUGUCAAUAUGAAAACCGUCGUUCUUCUUGGUUUGCUCGGAUUCGUAUUAUGCGAACCACCGAGAUAUAAAACCACCGUCGAAAUUCAAAAGUCGGUAGAAAUACCUUUCACCGGCACUUGGGGAGAAGACUCGCCACCUCAACAAUCAUAUGGACCCCCGCAAACUUCUUAUGGGCCUCCACCGCCAUCAUAUGGACCACCAGUACCUGCUCCUUCUUAUGGACCACCUGCACCUUCUUAUGGACCACCACCUCCACCAGCUUCCUAUGGUCCUCCACCGACAGAAGAAACUGUGACCACAACUGAGGUUCCUACCACAACCAGUGAGGUAGAAACAACGACUAACAAUGAGGUGGAACAGGUAGAUGAUAGGAAGCCCAUUAAGCAAACAGGGCAAUACUACAUCUAUCAUCCCUUUGGCUUAUUGCAGCAGGUCGUGUAUCAGACAGAGAACGAUGAGAAGAAUAUGGAGUUUUCUGCGCGGUUGAGAUAUAAGGAUGUGGAGCCCUUACGAAGUCCGAUAUUUACUUAUAACUUGAAUUCUGGGGAAUACAUUAGGCUAGCUAGAAGUGCAUAGUUUUUGUCAGAUUUCAAUUGAGAUCAAUUCAAAUUGUGAAUAGCUAGUGAAAUUUUGAUUAUAAUAAGUUAUCAUAAUUUAUUCAAACAUUUAUUUAU